AAGAAUUUAAUGCUCGACUCGGAUAGAUAUCCCUAAAAAAGGAUCUACCCAGGCUAAGUCAGGCCAGGCCCAAGUCAGGUCAAGUUAUUAUCUGACUCGUGGAACUCGCUGUCCCCAGAUAACAUCUCGUUAGGUCGAGACUUGGGCACGAGCGGCAUGGUCACACAGGGAUGCCACGCUGAGCCAAGGUCUUAUAUAUGUGACUUGUACCCCAACCUCCCUUCCAUAAGCUUCUUUCAUGCCAACGUGGCCCAUGAGCUUCGUCAUGCGUGACCGGUAGGUUUAUGAAGACGAGUAUUACAUAGACGAUGCAUGUUGGUAGAGCAGUUUCUAUUGCAAAUCAGUGUGGAGACAUGAUAUGCUCGCCAUGAUGUGGUCAGGCCUUCUCCAAUUCUCCGUUAGAACCCUUGCGGUGACCUCCUUAGCUACUACUCUCGCUUCUUCUACGUUAGCGAGGAGUGAUGACAGCGAAAAUAACGGCAACAGCCGUAGGCAGGUCGGCGGAGUGAGUUGCGAUGUCGCGACCUUCGCUAGUGUGCUUCCGGCCGCGGCCAAAGUAGAGAAGGUCGAGUACGUCAGCGCCGGAGGCACAUUCGGCGAGCCUUUGACGGAUCUUAUGUACCCGAUCCCGCCGACGAACUUACCGGAACUAUGUGCUGUUAUCAUAUCCGUCGCUUCAUCACCGAUUUCUUCAUAUAGGUUCGGAAUAUUCCUCCCGGCAGAGUGGAACGGCCGUUUCCUCGCUGUCGGCAAUGGAGGAUUCGGAGGCGGGAUCAACUGGCUGGAUAUGGGCGCUGGUGUCAGGUACGGCUUUGCUGUUGUGUCAACGGACACGGGUCAUAACUCAACGUCUGGAGACAUCUACUGGGCCCUUAACAACCCUGAGAUGAAAGAGGACUGGGGCUGGCGUGCCCUACAUGGUACCGUCCUAUUAGGCAAAAACCUCGUCACAACCUAUUACGCAAAGCCUAUCGGCCAUUCAUACUAUAGCGGAUGCUCGACGGGUGGUCGGCAAGGGCUCAAGGAAGUACAGAUUUCUCCCGAUAGCUUUGACGGAGUCCUUGUCGGUGCUCCGGCUUGGUACACAAGCCGCCUCAAUACUUGGAUCUGCAAAAUUGCUACGUAUAACUGGCCCGCCGACGACCCUAAGCAUAUCGACUGGGAAACGCUACCGUCUAUCGGCGCUGAGGUCGUACGCCAGUGUGAUGACAUCGACGGAGUCUCCGACGGCAUCAUCAGCUUACCGGAACAGUGUAACGUAAACUACGACGCCCUGCGAUGCAGCAAUGGCAGUAGUACCGCGAUAUCUAACUUCGCCAAUUCCGACAACUGUCUGAGCGACGCGCAGAUCGACACAUUGAAAACAAUGUACACGGGAUUUACACUCGACUCUACCGGCGAGCGUGUGAUGCCCGGGCUACUCCCCGGGUCCGAGAACCAGAUGUACACGGUACUCAACUACUCGGACGCAAGCCCGUACGGCAUAGGAUAUAUCCGAUACUUCCUCCUAAAUAACCCGCUGUGGGAGGCAUCGCAGUACAACGACUCGAUACUCGAGCUAGCCGAAUUUUUUGAUCCAGGCAAUGCCACGGCCGACAACUACAACCUAACAACGUUCCGCGACCGCGGCGGCAAGAUGCUGCUAUACCACGGAGCCGCGGACGGCCUGGUCCCCACCACAGGCGGAAGCUUGUACUACGAACGCGCGGUAAACACGACUAGCGGCGGCGACGUAAACGCCGCGCGCGAAUUCUUCCGCCGCCUCGAGAUACCGGGCAUGCAGCACUGCGGACUAACAGCGGUCGACGCGCCGUGGGCUCUCGGCGGCGCUAGCCAGGCUGCUUUUCUGGGAAACGACACGUACUCGGUGCCUGGGUUCGCGGACUCGCAGCACGACGUCUUGCUCGCGCUUAUAGACUGGGUGGAGAAUGGGAAGGCGGUUGAUCAGGUCGUUGCUACGACGUGGAAUAGCCAGCGGGAGCCGUCGUCGGGGGUGUUGAGGCAGCGGCCGAUUUGUGCGUAUCCGGAUACGGCGAAGUGGGAUGGCACGGGGAAUGUAGAUGAGGCUGCGAGCUGGAGCUGCGGUGGUGAUAACUCCAGCCAUGUAGCGAACAACGCGGGUUCGCUAGCAUAUACGAACCCCUUUUCGGUCAUCGUGGACAUGUUCAGAACUUUUGCUAAAUGACUCGGGGACGGAUAUUUAGGGUUAUAAUUACUUGUUUGUUUAGUGUAGAGUCGGCGAGUGUGCUAUGAAAUGGGUUGGUUGUAUAUAGCGGGCAUAAAGGUGUCAGCUCCAUAUGCUCAUGUUGUAUCAAAUGUAAUGUUGCCUUUGUAUUUUGAAUUGUCCAAUGAGAUAUAUAAGGUACGUUGAGAAUGACCGCAGGUGUAAGCAGAAG